UGAAUAAUCUUUAGCAUCAGCUGUUUUAGGAUUUGCAAAACAUUGCAAAAAUAUUAUUAAUCCACACUAUCUGAAGAAAAAACUCAUACAUAAUAUCUUAAUCACUUUGGUGAUAUAUUAGUACUAUUAUGGCAAAUGAUAGAGAGAUUCUUCGUGAAAUAUGGGAUGGCAAAUUACCCAUUUGUUUUCAAUUGGACCAAGAAGAAAUAAUGGAAAUACAACAACCAGACCCUUUUUAUGUGAUGGUUCCCAGACUUAGUUAUUUUCCUUUAGUAACUGAUAAAAUGAAAAGGCACUUCCUUCGUUAUAUUUCUCAAGAAAAUGCAGACAAUGAAAUGUGGCUUGAUUAUAAUGGACAACCACUGAAGUGGCAUUAUCCAAUUGGGUUCUUGUAUGACCUUUAUUGUGGCAGUGAUUCUCAAUUACCUUGGACAUUGACUGUACAUUUUACAAAAUUUCCAGAGAGCAUACUCCUCCGAUGUCCCAAUAAAGAUGUUGUGGAAGCACACUUUAUGUCAACAAUCAAGGAAGCCGAUGUGCUCAAACAUAGAGGACAAGUGAUGUCUACUAUGCAGAAAAAAGACCACAAUCAAUUAUGGCUUGGAUUACAAAAUGAUAAAUUUGAUCAAUUUUGGGCAAUCAACAGAAGGUUAAUGGAAUCACAUGGAGAAAAUGAAGGUUUUAAGCAUGUUCCAAUACGAGUUUACUCUGAUGAUGGCACAUGUAAUCAGCGUUUAGUAAGCCCAAAGAACAAUGAUGGCAGUAGGAAAGUUCUACAUCAGUUAAUAUCCGAACUAUUUCCAGAUAAAAUUGAAGUUAAGUUGAGGACACAUGGAAUAAUGAUUCCACUAGACACUCCACUGCAGUGGCUUUCGGAACAUAUGAGCUAUCCUGAUAAUUUUCUUCACUUGUGUAUUUGUUAAAAAACAAACAUUGGAGAUAGAGUUAUUUGGAACUACUGCGAUAAGAGGAAUUUUAAAUCUAUGUGCAAGAAAGUGCUUAAAUAUAAUUUUCGUAUCGUUAUAAUCAGUAAUGUCAUGUGUAAAUUUUUUACAUUGCAAAUAUCCAAAUGCCUUUAAUAUACUAUUUUUUUCUUUGUGCUAUUUUCUGAAAAAAAAAGUGUAAACGUAGACACUUAUGUAUGAAAAUGCAUUUAAAAUCAGCAAAACCAUUUGAGGCAAGAACACUCUUAUUCCGAACUUCAGAGUUUAUUUUUUUCAUUUAUGAUACUUAAAAAAACUUACAUAACUUAUUACAAAAAAAAAGCAUUUUGUGUUUGUAAUUUGCAGAAAGUUAAUAUCAGUAUUUAUUAAAGAAUUGGGUUAAUAAAAAAUAGAUAAUUGAAAUUAUUUUAUUUCUUACAAUGUUUACAUUUAAUUAAGUUAAAUAAACUUUAGGAAAAGCUCUUGGGUGCACUUUGCAAUAUUUAUUAAGUAAAAGCUGUAAAUGUGAAAAUUAUAUAUUUACAUUGAAUACAUUUUAGUUUAAUAAAUGAUGAGUUUAUACUUUCAUUUCUAAAAAUGGCAACAUUUAAAAAAGCGUAAAUAUGUUUUCUAAGCUUAAAUACAAAGGAACAUAUUUUUUUAAUGUAUUAUUUUGUGUAAUUUUAUUUAGAUUACAAACAAUAUAAGCAUUCCCUUUAAAACUCUUACAAAAAACUAAUAUUACUUUCGCUUGUAUAAGCUGGAAUAAAUAUCUCGUAAAUAAAUAAAUACAACUGUUUUUUUUACCUGUAUUUAAUAACCUAUUAUUUACAAUUAAGAAAAGGGUACAUAAUGAUUACAAUGAACAUCAAACAUUUUUAACAAUGUUUUCAAGUGUCAUGUAAAAUACUACAAACACAAAACUUAGGAAAUAAAAUAACAUGAUGAUCUUAGUUCACAAAUUAAUAUUUUUAUAAACUUGUGUUGAAGGAAUCACAGUAUGAAUAUUAGAACGACAAAAACAUAUUAAAUAAAAUAACUGACACAGGAAAUAUUGUCUGAAUAUUCUAGAUGUAGGUAUAAAACUGUUAUUUUUUAAGGAGUUUACAUUUAAUACAAAUAAAAAUAAAAAAAAAAAACAAUCCGACUUAAUUUUGCUAAUCUUGUAUAAAAACACAUAACAUUGAGAAUAUGGCCAUUUUUACAAAUUCCAUUAUAUUAGUGGUAUAAUUAGGUGUUAAUGUUAGGUACAAAUAAAAAGAUUACAUCUUAACAUUAGCUUUUAGCUGAGCUUUACCUUUUAGCUUAAAGCUAUCAUUUCUGUAAAACAAUAUCACAAAAGUGCUAACAAA